AUGAGGCGAAGCUCACGGAAAGGAGGAAAUAAGCAACUAUCUCAGACGCAAAAGUCCAUAGCAUCCUACACCGUGGGCAAGGAUAAAAUGGCGGACGUGGAUUCCCCACAAAGUCUUGAAACCGCUGCUGUUUCUACACUUGAUUUGGCAAUUCUCCGCCAUGAACUCCAGUCACACCGGGACGACAUAAAGAUGGAUAUUGGAACGCAGAUUUUGGAUCUCAAAGAGGACAUUUCGUCCCUGCGCAAUGAUGCCAGAGCAGAUAUUAAAACCCUUCGUGAGGAGCUAACUGGUGAGCUAGCUAAACUUAGCAACAAACAAGCAGAGGCUACGCAGCAGAUGGAAGACAUGGGGAACACGCUAAGCGACACGAUCGAUAGUCGCCGCAUAGGAGCACAACCAGCAGCUUAUGACCAAGAAAUGCAAGACUCCAAGAAAAAUGCGCAGACCUCUCAAACAGGAGCCGGAGACGUAAUCUGA